AAAAGGACCUGACAGGAUUCUCAUUUCCUUAAACAUUUUUAUGAAACAUUUCAGUGCAGACUUUUUAGUGUUAAUAAACGUUUUUUAAACUACAGAGGGUUUGUUAAUGUUGCAUUUUCAUGUAUUUUCUAUUGUUCUCUGUGUUGGCGUGUUUUUCGAUGUGUUGCUGUGUUACCCCAAAAGAAAAGAAUGAGAACUUUUGUGACCUCCUGAAGUCCUGGUAUGGAUCUACGUUACUUUCUGUGGAGAUCAGCAGAAAGGGUUUUCACGGGGAGGUCACCACCACAGUUGAUCUCAGUCCUUAUGCACUCAGUGGCCCCAGAGUUCUGCUGAUUCACAGAUGGCCUCGAGGACUUUAUGUUGAUCCAUACCAGCUUGCAUCACUCAGUGAUCAAAGUGAAUGGAGGGUAUUACUGGAUUCAGUCGUUGACCUAGAGGGCCCUGCUCAUAAAAACUUUGGAUUGGACACUCUCAUAUAUGUCACCAGCGGACAGAUCAGCAGAUUCCUUAAUAUAGCUAUUCCAGUACAUGGUCGCUACCAUGAGCCAUCACAUGGUGAACGAUUUGUAUCAGUUAACGUAGAACUUCCAGAGUUACUGCUGCAGGCAGGUAAAUAUGCACAGCAGUGCAGUUUGGAGCCUCACUCUGUGGUGGACGCGCCCUGCACUGCCGACAAUUCAAGCAUGUGUCAGUGGGUGAAAAUUCAUCACCAGCGGGGCCCUGGCCUUGAGAGCUUCAAGUUUCCAGUUGGUGACAAGUCUCUGGUGAUGCCUGUGUGCAGUGGAACGUUUCUCAUCACAAUGUUGUGCUGUGCUGUGCUGUCCAAAUACUUAUGGAGGCAUCGAAUCAUUUAAAGUGCAUUGUGUGCUGACUUACUUAGAACCUUUGAAAAGACAUAUUAAUGAGGUUCUCUCUGCCUCCAGCGUUUAUUUAAAGACCAUUUUAAAAAUCAUUACAUUGAAUACAGAUGGGUUAAUGUACAGUUUACAGUUUCAGAAAAGUUUUGAAAGAAAAACAUCAGAGAGAAAAAAGUUUACAUAUUGUAAAGUUUAAGCAAGCAACGGUGACCUUGGUGGCCACCAGGACCUAGCAAUUGGCAACAAGGUUUCACAAGCAACGUCAUCGUAUGUGGUAUUAAUUGUGCAUCAGAGGGCUGAAGCACAUUCUACUUGCUCUGCACACCACAGUAUAAAUGUACAGCUUGUAAUGGCGUUUUUUGACUCUAUGACUUCAUCAUACAACUUCUGGAUGACCUCAUGAAGUCAUUCAUACCAGGCAAUCACAAAUAUUUUGCUGAUCAGUAUAUGCUUUAGACCAUCCACCUUGGUUAUUGUGAUAUGCCAAAAACAGGUGUUUUCAUUGCCGAUGUGCAGGGUGAAAGUGUUGGACUGGGGCUAAAUAGAAAGUUCCCUGGUCCUCAUCUCUGUCUAUGAGAACAUAAAACUUCAGAGCUGAACAUGCAGGCAUUAGAGUUACGGAGGUUUGAGGGAACCACUGACUGGCUCCAUUAAUCUGAAACUCGCCCUGCUAAUCACAGAAUCAUUUAGAAUUCAUUCUAUCAAUGAUGCUUCGAUUGAUAUCAAGGAUAUUCAUGGAAAUCUUUAUUGAAGACAACAGACCUGUCUGGACUUGUUGUGUCUGGACCCAAGUCACAUGGCAAUGAACUUUUGGCACUCUUGAGGAACUGUGGGCCUUGAUGCCCACUGGACUUAUCUGGACGCUUUGUACCGUCAUCUAAGUUUUGUAUGUUUGAUAGUUCUUUGUUAUACUGUUUAUUUGAUUGUUAUUAGUAUGGUGUAGGCAGUUGGCCACCCAUCUGAGUCAGGUCUAUUUGAGGUUUCUUCCUUUAAAAAAAAAAAAAACACCCAAAGGAAUUUUUACAGCUGUUGCCAGUACUUACUCGGGAGGGUGGGUAAGGAAAGACUUUCCCUUGUGAAGCACCUUGGGGCAACUUGUGAUUUGGUGCGAUAAAUAAAUUAAAAUUGACAGUUUGCCAAACAUAUGAGGACUUUUUUUCCAAAGAAAUUUUAAGUUUAAAAUAUUUUUUGUCUAAAUAAAUCACUGUUUAACCAGGCAGUGUUAA